CACCCCAAAGGACAGCCGUCCUGCUUCUGCCCGCUCUCUGUUAGCGCUGGCACACCGCAGUGCACAGAUGUUAAACAGCCUUACCGCCGCCACAGAAGAUGAAGAUGGCAGACAAUUGUCACCAGCAAGCAGAGAAGAUAGUGCGCGGACACUCGCAACUAAUCUCAGAGGGUGUGUGGACCUCUGCUUAUGAUGACCAUGGACUCUUCGCAUAUCGAUCAUCGCUGGUCGAACUCGGGAAUGAGCUCGUACGGCGGCCAGAAUACCUACAACAACAGUACCUUUCAUGUUACUAGACCAGUUAACCGUGAGUCCACUGAAUCUGGCAUACGCUCAAUGGAAGCUGACUAUGACAUGGAUACAGACACCGACGGAGACAACGCUGGGCUGCAAACCUUACAUACGGAGGACUACAAGAGUGACCUCGCAAAUGGUGUCCCGCUUGACGGGACUUGUGGGUUGGUUCUGAACACACCGGAAUUCAAAAACUGGUAUGAAAACAAGUCGUCCACCGUGCUCAUCGUUGUUGGUUGUCCGGGCGUGGGGAAAACUGUCCUAGCAAAGUUCCUGAUCGAACAUCUUGAUACCUGUGGCAGUGCAGAAGAGGUCACCAUCUAUUACUUUUGUGGUCCCAGAGAAAAUCCAUCCACUGCGGCGCCUAUCCUUGGUUGUCUGAUCCAUCAAUGUGUGAGAAAGGUAGACAGGAUCUGGAAAAUGCACGUCGAGAAGUCAUACAGAAGCCUUGGUCAAAACUUGAGCAACUCCUUUGGCGAACUAUGGGUCAUCUUUCGGAAUAUAAUGUCGGGACCCCGGUUUGAUGAAAGGAAGCGUUUACUUGACAAGAUCUCGGAGCACAUGUCCACUAAUCUUGGUGCUUCAAGAGCCGAUCGCAACCAGAUGAGAUGGAGGCUCUUCUUCACAAGCCGCCCAGGAAUCAAGUCAAGGCUCUCGUGCAUCAGAGGCUACAGAGUUCUGGACUUCAAUGACUCAGAAGGUACUACGAAGAAUGAAAGUGACAUCGAGAAGUCCAUCGUUGAUGGGAUACGAAGAUUGCCAAACUAUCCGACAGGUCUACAGGAGUCGCUGAAAGAGGGCUUGAUAGCAAAGGCUGAUGGGAAUUUCAGGUGGCGUUCGUGCAUGUUAGAAGCUUUCGACAAUACAACAAUUCGCGACGAAGAACGCCUAUGGGAUCUCCCUCUUCCAAAAAUGGACACCAUGUUCACAAGUCUGGUAAAUGGUGUCGAAGCUGAGCACGUGUGCUUCAUCGAGUGGGUAGAAUUGGCCUACCGCCCAUUGUCGGUGACCGAACUGAGCCUUGCUGCGCACAUAAACCCUGACGAAACUCCAAAAGUCAGAAGAAUGUAUGUGAGUACACUGCUCCUGACUCAAGCCGCCCAAAUAGGGCAGGUUGCGCAGCUCGACAUCCUGCUCAAGCAUGAUGACAUUGAUCCAAAUUCGGGCGAUACCUAUGGUUGGACGGCCUUAUCUUGGUCAGCACGCAACGGUCAUGGAGAAUUUGUGAGACGGCUGCUCGACGAUGAAAGACUUCAGGUGAACUUGAAAGACUCUCAGAAACGAACAGCAUUGAUGUGGGCGGCAUCAGAAGGCCGAGUCGAGGAGACGAAGCUGCUGCUCGGUCGUCCCGACAUAGACAUUGACGCUAGAGAUGACAAUGGCAAGACCGCCGAAUAG